AUUUCAUCAUUAUUCUCGUAAUUCUCACCAUGUGCGAAGUGCCAAGUUGUAUGCAGUGGCAGCUGCAUUCAUUUCUCUGAUCUUCCCCCUGGAUUCUUCGUCGUUUCCCUUACUUAUUAGAGAGCUCCAAGCGAUCGCACGUGUGGAUCUCCAAAGAUAUUGAAUUGCAUCACCGCGAUCAUGGACAUUCCUCAGCUUAUCGAAUCCAUCAAGUCGGUCAAUUCCUCUGGCGCUCUCGAGGCUCUCGAUCCCCAGCAGCGAGCUGAGCUUCACCAAGCUUGCGAUCGAUUGAGGAGUCAGUGUGAAUCUCCCUUGGAUAAGACGCUCGGGCUUCUUUAUACAUUCCACCGAGCCAUCGCUGUCCGUCUCGCUGUAGACCUUAAGCUCUUUGAUUCCAUCAUCAAGCGCUCCUCUGAGAGUCCAGAUGGCAAGGUGCGCGUUGGCCAGCUUUCUGAAGAUGUCCAGGCCGAUCCAAAGCUAGUUUUGCGGAUCAUGAAGCUGCUUGUACCACUGGAUAUUCUCAAGCAACAUACCUCCGACACCUUCUCCCCCACGCGAUUCACAGAGUCCUACACCUCGUCGUGUUGGAUGUCUGCAGCGGUGAUAUUCUUCACCCACCUCGUUUAUUUCGUCUCCCAGCUCCCCGAGUAUUUCAAGCAGAAAGGAUGGAAGUAUCCAGACGAUAUCGAUGAUUCUCCGUUAAACUUCGCCCUCGGCUCCAAGGCCGGAUAUUUCGGAUACCUCUCAUCGAAGCCCUACUACCAAAACGCCUUUGACACAGUCAUGGCCUCGCCCUACCGUCGCGACGAGAAGGAUUGGUCGGAAUUUUUCCCAGUGGAAAAGAAACUACAAGUACAGGCUCCCUCCGAUGUUGUUCUCGUGGAUGUCGGUGGCGGCCGGGGGAAGGACCUCCAGGCCUUCCACGACAAAUUCCCUUCUUUACAGGGAAGACUUGUUCUCCAGGAUCUACCACACGUGCUUGAGACCGCAGAUCUCCCGAGUGUAAUCGAGGUCAAGCCCCAUAGUUUCUUUGACGAACAGCCUGUUAAACACGCAAAGGCAUACUACCUCCGCACUGUCCUCCAUGACUGGCCGGACAAGCAGGCCGUGGAAAUCCUAUCGAGGCUCCGUGAAGCAAUGGGCCCUGAUUCGUUGGUGUUGAUCCAUGAGAAAGCCAUGCCCGAGACUGAUAUCCCGUGGAUGGCUGCAGUUGGCGAUGUGACUAUGAUGACUGCCUUUGCGUCGGCUGAACGGACCGGUAAGGAGUGGGAAGCUCUGUUGGACAAGGCUGGAUUGAAACUCAACGGGAUUUGGAAGCCUGAGGGUACUUCUGCGCAGCAACAGGUUAUUGUUGAAGGUGCACUCCAUUGAGUUGAAUAAUAUCAUUACCGUUUAAAUAUACUGAAUAUACGGAAUACACUAAAUAUAAACUGUCUUGGCUUGAACCACAAGACUUUUAUCUACUAUGUAUUAAUGUUCCUCUUAAAUAUGAUGACUGCCUUUGCAUUGGCUGAACAGGCU